UUUGGGAUACCCGGUAUAAUCGGGCGACAGCGCAGCGUGCAGUCAGUUGUGUCGAUUAUAGGCGUGGACAUAUAGAGUAUGUAGAGAAUGUUUGUAGCAGUUUGGAGGCAUUGAAUCUCUCGCGUGUGAAGUUUUCGUGAAAUAAAGAAACAAGACAUAUAUCAUAUUUUACUCCAAAAUGGCCGAUGGAAUUCGUUUAUCUUUUUUCGUGACAGUGUUUCUUUUAAUUUGCUGCGUCCAAGAAGGUUAUUCUAUCAAAUGUUGGGAUUGCAGAUCAGAUACAGAUCCAAAAUGCGGGGAUCCGUUUGACAAUACAACUGUACCUAUGACAGAUUGUAGUUUAUCAUUGGAACUGGAACAUUUACCAGGUGUAAAACCGACAAUGUGUCGCAAAAUUCGUCAAAAAGUUCACGGUGAAUGGAGAUAUUUUCGUAGCUGCGCUUAUAUGGGUGAACCCGGGAUUGCAGGUGACGAACGAUUUUGUUUAAUGAGAACUGGGACAUAUAAUAUAUUUAUGGAAUACUGUACAUGUAACAGUAAAGACGGUUGCAAUUCGGCGCCAUAUCAAUAUGGAAAUUGCCUGCUUUUGCUAAUCGGUUUGAUAACAACCGUUCGAUAUAUAUUCAUUGUUUAAAAAAGUCAGCUCUCUAGCCAGAGAUUUGUAACAGAUCUGAUUCACUGGAUGGUUAAGAUUUUAGUAUGUCUACAGUUCAAGAUUUUACUUGUACUUAUUAAAUACUCUUCUCAUUUUUUCACGCUUCAAACUUCAAAGGAAGAUAAACUUAAACAGUUAAAUAAUAUAUCGAUAGGUACUAUAUACCUACCUAGUCUGUUUACAAUGUAAUUUUGUAAUUUUAUAAUUUUUAUAAUUUUUUAUGGGGAAAAAAAUUAAGUGCCUGUUGUGUGCCUUAUUAUAAAGAGGUAAUGAAAAUUUUGUAAAACUAUUUAUAACAAGAAAUAACUUCCAGUAGGUCAGUAGUAUUUUCCUUGGCUUAAGCAAUAUUUUAUCAAUACAAAUUACAUAUUUUAUAGAAAUAUACUAUAUAUAUAUAUAUAUAUAUAUAUAUAUAUAUAUAUUGCUAUAUAUAUAUAAUGCUAUAUAUAUUGCGAUAUAUAUAAAAAAAAUGUAUAUUGCAUAAAACUUUUUCCAUUUUUAUAUUAGAGUACAAAUGAUAAAUUUUACUAAUAUUGGAGUAGUUUAGGAUUAUAACAAUCUUAUAUAUAGAUAUUAGUGAUCAAAUAGAUAAAACCGUCCAUUAAUUAUCAUCCGUCCAUUAAUUGUACGGUCAAUUUAGUUUUAACAUGGCAUGUUGCCAUUUUUUAUUAUUUUUGUACAUAAUAAUUUCUUUAGUAAUAUAUAGCUUUUAUACUGCCGUGCGAUACAAACAAGGCAUUAUUCGUAACAUUUUAUAUCAUCAUCGUACUUCAUUCGUAUGAAGCAUAAUAUUAUUUAACACAUUAUGCUCAAAAUUUUUUACAAAAUUGUCAAAUGAUUGUAUGAAAUGCAGACAAUAAAAUAAUUUUUGAAUCGAAAAA